UCGGAUCAGGGGGCUUCAAACCAUCGGACUUGCAAUCAUUGCAGAUAAGUAGAGCACCUGAACUUGUCGUAAAUAGCUGGCCUUCGGGCUGGUCAAUAAAACCGAAUGGCUUGGAAACGAGUUAUUAGGAAAUGAUCAAUUAGCCGCUCAGCACUCAAGCGCGUCGCGGGUUCUUUAGCGGCAUUCGAGAUCGGCGGCCAAAUGGAAGCGCUACAGAAAUUCGCGAGAUCGGAGACCAAUAGUCGCCACUAUUGGGCACUCACCGUUUUUUUUGUAUACCUUUGUAUGGGUUAUACGGUAGGUGGCGAGGGCCCCGCCGAAUUUCCCACCCCCGAUCCCGAUCUCACCAUCGACGAGUGCCAUGACGAGUUCACCAUUGCCUGCGCCAACGCCUCACAGGUCUUCACCGACUCCUACGACCUGUGCGAACUGAAUGCCAACGAGACCAUCGUAAAUCUGGAGGUGGAUGUGGAACUGGAGAGGCUCCAAAUCGAACUGGGCUCCAGUGCCGUGUGCGGGAAUUUGCGAAUCUGCGACACCUUGGAUGACGAUCUGGAGUACUUCCAGUGCAUCAAUGAGAACGGAACUCGCAAUCUCGACAUUCUGACGGAGAUCAGUUACAAUGCCACACAUGCUCAUACUCGUCUGCGAGAGGAUUACGAUGCAGUCCACCGCACAUUCCUGCUUUGCAGUCUGGAUGCCCAGCAAAACUACAUGCUGGACCUACGCAAGGCCCAUAAGGAACUUACACAGUGUCGAUUGGAAAUCGAUGAGAUUAGCGAGUAAUAAACGCUUAUCUAUUACUUUGUAAACAAAAUGAUUGAGGGUGAAUAACCACUACUAUAUAAAUGCAACUUAAUAACUA